AUGCGCUUUUCCCUCGACGGGUCUAACGAGAAAAGCCGGGCGGCGUACAAUGACGCGAAUGGCCUGGGCGAGCAGAACCUGAACUAUGAUCCAGAUCUGGCGCACCCAGCAGCGGGAUAUAGAACCGCCGAACCCGUCGCCUUGCCGGCUGGCAUUUCUGAGAGGAGAUUGAUCACCAAGAUCGACCUGAGGGUGAUUCCCGUGCUGUCGGUGCUUUAUUUACUGGCCUUCCUCGACCGAACCAAUGUCGCCAAUGCGGCCAUCUUCGGCCUCACGAAGGAUCUCGGUUUGACAGCAACCCAAUAUUCCACCGCCUUGACCAUCUUCUUUGUCCCAUAUGUCGUCUUUGAGAUCCCCUCGAAUAUCAUCUUGAAGCGUCUCAAGCCCCACGUCUGGCUCUCGAUUUGUAUGUUUGGGUUCGGCCUCGUCACAGUUUGCCAAGGUCUUGUCCAGGGCUAUGGCGGCAUCAUCACCACCCGAUUCUUUCUCGGACUGUUCGAGGCAGGCAUGUUUCCGGGAUGCUUCUAUCUGAUCGGGAUGUGGUACACGCGACAUGAAGCACAAAAGCGGUAUACUUUCUUUUUCGCCAGUACCACUCUUGCCGGUGCGUUCGGCGGUCUCCUGGCCUCGGCCAUUGGUAAGAUGAACGGCAUGCGCGGCUAUCUCGGCUGGAGAUGGGUUUUCAUCCUGGAGGGCUGUCUCACCUGCGUGGUCUCUCUUGUCUGUUUCUUCAUCAUCCCGGACUUUGUGGAAGAUGCCAAAUGGCUCACUGAGCCGGAGCGAGAGUACAUCAAGCAGCGACUUCGGAAUGACCAGGGCAAAUCAGCCAUCGAGCGACGUAUCACGUUCAAGGACGUCCUGAACUGCUUCAAGGACUACAAGAUCUUCUUGGCAGGAUUCAUGUACUUUGGUCUUAUUGUGCCAGCUUAUAGUUACGCCUACUUUGCACCUACUAUCAUCAAAUCCUAUGGGUACGGCAACAUCGGAACCCAAUUGCACUCAGUCCCACCGUGGGCCGCAGCCUUUGGUUUCUCCAUGUUGGUGGCCGCCUUCUCCGAUCGGUUGCGCCAUCGAUUCCUCUUUGCCAUCAUCCCGAUCUGCGUGGCCAUCGCAGGUUUUGCGAUCCUCAUGACCGUACACCACGACCACAAUACCGAAUAUGGAGCCCUUUUCCUAGUCACGUCCGGAUGUUACUCCGCAAUGCCUAUUAUUGUCUGCUGGUACAGCAUGAACUUGGGUGGGCAUCAUCGACGAUCGGUAGGCACCGCCUGGCAAGUAGGGUUUGGAAACAUUGGCGGUAUCAUUGCCAGUUACAGUUUCGAGGCCGGCGAUGCCAAGACGUUUUUCCACAAAGGAUACAGCAUUUGCCUGGGAUUCAUUUGCCUAAGCGCCGUCAGCUGCAUCCUGUACUUUUUCGCUUGCAUCAGUCAGAACAGGAGCAGGGCCAAGACUCCUGAUAUUGGCAUGACCGAGUAUGAGAAGGUGGAGUUGGGGGACAUGAACCCAGACUACCGUUACAUGCUGUAA